AUGUGUGGAAUUUUAGCUAUUUUUCAUUCAACUAUUGAAACCAAUCGAUUAAGAAGGAAGGCCUUAAGUUUAUCAAAAAUAUUACGACACCGAGGGCCAGAUUGGAAUGGCGUAGUUGUCGAAGAAAACCAAGAUGGAACAACAAACGUAUUAACCCAUGAAAGAUUAGCAAUUGUAGAUGUAUUAUCAGGACACCAACCAUUAUAUGAUGACACAAAAGAAAUAUGUUUAACUAUUAAUGGAGAAAUAUAUAAUCAUUUAGAAUUAAGAAAGUUAGUAAAACAAGAUGUUUUAGAUGCAUUAAAAAGUAAAUCAGAUUGUGCUAUUAUUCCAAACUUAUAUAAAAUAUAUAAAGAAAAAUUACCUUCUAUGUUAGAUGGUAUAUUUGCAGGAGUUAUUAGUGAUAAAAAAUAUAAUACAUUUUUUGCAUUUAGAGAUCCUAUAGGAAUAUGUCCACUUUAUAUAGGUUAUGCAGCAGAUGGCUCAAUAUGGUUUGCAUCUGAAUUUAAAGCAUUAAGGGUAUAUUGUGUAAGAUAUGUAGCAUUCCCACCUGGUCAUUAUUAUAUGUGUAAUAAUGGAAAAGGUGAAUUUGUUAGAUAUUAUAGUCCCAACUGGUGGAAAUUAGAUAGCCCUAUACCCAAUACUAAAAUCGAUUUAGAAAAAAUACGUACUACUUUAGAAAAUGCAGUAAUUAAAAGAUUAAUGGGUGAUGUACCAUUUGGAGUUUUAUUAUCUGGUGGUUUAGAUUCAUCUAUAAUUGCAUCUAUAAUUUCAAAAUAUUUAAAAUCAAUAAAAAAUGGCACUACUGAUAAUACUAAUGGAACAUGUAAUGGAAAUAAUAAUUUAAACACUUUAAAAAGUUUUUCUAUUGGAUUAAAAGGUUCUCCUGAUUUAAAAGCAGCUAAAGAAGUUGCCGAUUUUUUAAACACUGAUCAUACAGAAUUUCAUUUUACAGUUGAUCAAGGUAUUGAUGUAUUACAUGAUGUUAUAUAUCACAUUGAAACAUAUGAUAUAACAACGGUUCGUGCAUCUACACCUAUGUAUAUUCUUUCAAGGUUAAUAAAAAGUAGCUGUAUUAAAAUGGUUUUAAGUGGUGAAGGAUCCGAUGAAAUAUUUGGUGGAUACUUAUAUUUUCAUAAAGCACCAAAUGCCGAAGAAUUCCACAGAGAAUUACAAAGAAAAAUACAUGAUCUACAUAUUUAUGAUGUCUUACGAGCAAAUAAAUCUACUAUGGCUUUUGGUAUAGAAGCAAGAGUACCAUUUUUAGAUUUAGAAUUUUUAGAUUUAGCUAUGAAUAUAGAUCCAAAAGAAAAAAUGUGCUCAAAUAAUAAAAUUGAAAAAGAUAUUUUAAGAAGAGCUUUUGCUGGAUAUUUACCUGAUAAUAUUCUUUACAGACAAAAAGAACAAUUUUCGGAUGGUGUUGGUUAUAAUUGGAUUGAUGGAUUAAAAGAACAUGCAGAAAAAAAAAUAUCAGAUGCUCAAUUUUCUAGAGCUCCUUUCCUUUUUCCAUAUAAUACACCAAAAACAAAAGAAGCAUAUUUAUACCGAUGUAUAUUUUAUCAAUGCUUUCCUGAACAAUGUGCUCAAGAAUUUGUACCAGAGGGCCCAUCUAUAGCUUGCUCUACAAGCAAGGCAAUUGAAUGGGAUGAACAAUUCAAAAUAAAUCCUGACCAAUCAGGUAGAUAUGUUUUGAAUAUACACAAACAUUCAAAGACUCUUGAGGAUAUAAAAGCCGCCUAA